UGUCUGUGUUGGGUUGAGGAAGUGUAAACUUGUACAUCCAUCAAGCUUUCUCGUCGUAUAUAUUAUCAAAUUCUUAAAGGCUCUCUCUUUGUGUUAUUUAAUUUUGAAGUUUCAAUUUGGUUCAGAACCAUUUUCUCGUCUGUGGGGAGUUCGGUUUCAAGAGAGGGAAAAAGGGGAAGAAAAACCUAAAAGAGAAGAGGAAGAAGAAGAAGAAGAACAUUUGAAGAACUUCAAUUUUGGUUUUGAUUUGCGUAUUCUUUCUGUCAAAGGUUGUGAGAGAACAGAAUCACAGAUUCCUUUUAUACUUUCCUCUCUUCUUCAUCUUCAUUUUUAUCCCUUUCUCUUCUUCUUCUCCCACUUGUUCAUGCUUCACACUUUCUGCUAAUUCUGCGACUUCACGAUCUUUCCUUAACUCGUACCCUUUAAUGAUUCUGGUUAUGGGGAGGUGAUCUGAACAGAGGAAUUUUUAUUCUAAUCUGAGUUCGAAGCAUGGUUGUUUGUUGAAGACGGAGGACUUUUUGUCGGAGAUGAAGAGGUCGAGAGACGACGUUUAUAUGGGCUCGCAACUCAAGCGUCCUGUGAUUUCCACUCGUGCAGAAGCAUCUACACAACCCCAAAUGGCGGGAGGAGGAAGUGCCCAGAAAUUGACCACUAAUGACGCCCUAGUAUAUCUGAAGAGAGUGAAGGACAUAUUUCAAGACAAGAGGGAAAAGUAUGAAGACUUCCUUGAAGUUAUGAAAGAUUUCAAGGCCCAAAGAAUUGAUACUGCGGGAGUCAUUGGAAGAGUAAAGGAUUUGUUUAAAGGCCAUCGAGAUCUCAUUUUGGGCUUCAAUACCUUCUUGCCCAAAGGAUAUGAGAUCACUCUUCCACUGGAGGAUGAUCAACCUCCACAAAAGAAACCCGUUGAGUUUGAAGAAGCUAUUAAUUUUGUGAACAAGAUAAAGACAAGAUUUCAAGGUGAUGAUCAUGUUUAUAAAUCAUUUUUAGACAUUCUAAAUAUGUACAGAAAGGAAAACAAGUCCAUCACUGAGGUCUACCAGGAGGUUGCUGCACUUUUCCAAGAUCACCCAGACUUGCUUGUUGAGUUUACUCAUUUUCUUCCAGAUACUUCAGCCACUGGAGCUGGUCACUAUGGCUCUGGUAGGAGUUUAAUGCUCCGCGAUAGGCAUACUACCAUGCCCAUCAUGCGGCAAAUGCAAGUUGACCGGAAAGAAAGAACUAUUCUGUCCACUGCCGAACGUGACCUUAGCGUUGACCGUCCAGAACCAGACCAUGAUAGGUCCCUAAUGAAGCUGGACAAAGAUCAGAGGAGGCGGGGUGAGAAGGAAAAGGAAAGAAGAGAAGAUAGAGAUAGGAGAGAACAUGAUCGGGAUCGGGUCGACAGAGAUUAUGAGCAUGAUGGAAGAAGGGACUUUAACAUGCAUCGGUUUCCCCCCAAGAGGAAAUCUGCUCGAAGGAUUGAUGACUCAUCUACUGAGCAAAUGCACCCAGGUGGAGAAGGUAUAUACAGCCAUGAGUUUGCUUUCUGUGAAAGAGUGAAGGAGAAGUUACGAAAUGCUGACGAUUACCAGGAAUUCUUGAAAUGUCUCCAUAUCUAUAGCAAGGAGAUAAUUACCAGAGCAGAACUUCAAUCUUUGGUGGGUGAUUUACUUGGAAGAUAUUCUGAUCUUAUGGAUGGUUUCAAUGAAUUUUUGGCACGCUGCGAGAGGAAUGAUGGAUUUCUUGCUGGUGUCAUGAGUAGAAAAUCAUUAUGGAAUGAAGGAAAUUUGCCUAGAACAAUGCAAAUGGAGGAAAGAGACAGAGAUAGAGAUCGUGACCGUGAGAAAGAGGAUAUUUCCAAAGAUAGAGAUCGUGAAAAUCGGGAAAGAGAGAGACUUGAAAAGAAUGCUGCAUUUGGAAGUAAAGAUAUUGUAGGUCACAGGAUGUCUGUGUUUUCUAGCAAAGACAAGUAUUUGGGGAAGCCAAUAAAUGAACUUGAUCUAUCAAACUGCGAACGCUGCACUCCCAGUUACCGGCUUCUGCCAAAAAAUUAUCCAAUACCUUCGGCCAGCCAAAGAACUGAUCUUGGUGAUCAAGUGUUGAAUGAUUACUGGGUAUCUGUUACUUCAGGAAGCGAGGAUUACUCUUUUAAACAUAUGCGCAAAAACCAGUAUGAAGAGAGUCUUUUCCGAUGUGAAGAUGACAGGUUUGAACUUGACAUGUUGCUGGAGUCCGUAAAUGUGACCACGAAGCGUGUUGAAGAACUACUAGAAAAGAUCAACAACAAUGUGAUCAAAGCAGACUGUCCAAUCACAGUUGAGGAUCACCUCACUGCUUUAAAUCUGAGGUGCAUUGAACGAUUAUAUGGUGACCAUGGGCUUGAUGUUAUGGAUGUGUUGAGGAAGAAUGCUCCUCUUGCUCUGCCAGUUAUUUUGACUCGCUUGAAGCAGAAACAGGAAGAAUGGGCACGGUGUCGCUAUGACUUCAAUAAAGUUUGGGCUGAAAUAUACGCUAAGAACUAUCACAAGUCACUUGAUCAUCGUAGCUUCUACUUCAAGCAGCAAGACACAAAAAGCUUGAGCACUAAAGCCUUGUUGGCAGAGAUCAAAGAGAUCAGUGAGAAGAAGCGGAAGGAAGAUGAUGUGUUGCUUGCUAUUGCUGCUGGAAAUAGACGACCUAUUAUUCCUAAUUUGGAAUUUGAAUAUCCUGAUCCAGAGCUUCACGAAGAUCUGUAUCAGCUAAUCAAAUAUUCCUGUGGAGAAGUUUGUUCUACCGAACAAUUAGAUAAGGUUAUGAAGGUAUGGACAACCUUCUUGGAGCCCAUGCUUGGUGUUCCUUCUCGACCUCAUGGUGCUGAGGACACUGAAGAUGUUAUUAAGGCAAAAACUCAUCCUACCAAGAAUGCUGCUUCCGCUGUGGUAGAGAGUGAUGGCAGUCCUGGUGGGGGUGACAUUACGAUGCAACCAAAGCUUUUGAAUUCUUCUAGAAAUGGAGACGAAAGUAUCCCACCUGAACAAUCAAGUUCUUGCAGGACUUGGCCCUUGAACGGGGACAAUGGGGUCAAAGAAGACAGUUUCCAUGAUGCAGAUCGUGUUGUACGGAAGGGAGAUACAGGCAGUGUUUCCCAACAUUCUAAAAUUCAGGAUAAUGCACCUGUGACUGAUGAAUUGUCUGGAGUAAGUAAACAAGACAAUUCCAUCGAAUGCUUUGUCAAUUCAAAUGUAUCCCUUGCAACUGCAGCAGAGCAAAGUAAUGGGAAAACUAACAUAGAAAACACAUCAGGAUUGAGCACUACUCCUUCAAUGCUUGUAAAUAAUGCCGUUGAGAGUGGAAUUGAGUUACCUUCCUCAGAGGGAGGUGGCCCUACAAGACAAAUUCUAACUGCAAAUGGCACCGUUGCAGAAGGCAUAAAAAACCAUAGAUACGCUGAAGAGUCUGUCAGACACUUAAAAAUAGAAAGGGAAGAGGGGGAAUUAUCUCCAAAUGGAGAUUUUGAAGAAGAUAAUUUUGCCAAUUAUGAUGGAGAUUUGAAAGCCGAGCCAAAAGCAAAGGAAGGUGUUGCAGCCAGGCAAUAUCCAAGCACCCGAGGUGAGGAAGAAUUAUGCUGCAGAGAGGCUGGUGGAGAAAAUGAUGCUGAUGCUGAUGAUGAAGGGGAGGAAAGUGCUCAAAGGUCAUCGGAGGAUAGUGAAAAUGCCUCUGAGAACGGUGAUGUUUCUGCCAGUGAUUCUGGUGAUGGAGAAGAUUGUUCUCGUGAAGAUCAUGAUGGAGACCAUGAUGAUAACAAGGCAGAGAGUGAAGGUGAGGCAGAAGGGAUGGCCGAUGCCCAUGAUGUAGAAGGAGAUGGAACAUCUAUACCGUUCUCUGAACGGUUUCUAUUGACUGUAAAGCCUCUUGCCAAGCAUGUUCCUCCCAUGUUGCACGAAGAAGGAAAGGAGUCUCACGUAUUUUAUGGAAAUGACUCAUUUUAUGUGCUUUUUAGGCUCCAUCAAACACUGUAUGGGAGAAUACAGUCUGCGAAGAUCAACUCUUCAUCCUCAGAGAGGAAAUGGAGAGCUUCAAAUGACACCACUCCCGCGGAUCUCUAUGCCAGGUUCAUGAAUGCACUUUAUAGUCUACUUGACGGUUCCUCAGAUAACACGAAGUUUGAGGAUGAUUGCCGUGCCACUAUUGGAACCCAAUCAUAUGUUCUAUUCACAUUGGACAAACUAAUUUAUAAAAUUGUUAAACAGCUUCAAACUGUUUCCACAGAUGAGAUGGACAACAAGCUUCUCCAACUAUAUGCAUACGAAAAAUCAAGAAAAACGGGAAGAUUUGUUGAUGCAGUUUAUCAUGAAAAUGCUCGUGUACUUCUUCAUGAUGAAAAUAUCUAUCGCAUAGAACGAGUAAGCUUUUUAUCAUCCACACCAACGCAUCUUUCUAUUCAGCUUAUGGACUAUGGCUAUGAUAAGCCAGAAGUAACUGCUGUUUCCAUGGACCCUAUAUUUUCAUCUUAUCUGCAUAAUGACUUCUUCUCGGUUCUCCCUGAGAAGAAGUUGAAGUCAGGGAUAUUCAUGAAGAGAAACAAACGUAAAUAUGCCUGUGGCGAUGAGAAUUCUGCCGCAUGCCAUGCUUUGGAAGGGCUUAAAAUUGCUAAUGGUCUGGAGUGUAAAAUUGCUUGCAGUUCGUCCAAGGUUUCAUACGUCUUAGAUACAGAGGACUUUUUAUUUCGUAGAAAUAGCAAAAGGAAACGUUUGCAUGGAAAUAGCUCAUGCCACAACCAGUCAAGGUCUUCCAGUGGCGAUUCAAGUAGGAGGGUACAGAAGUUCCACAAGCUACUUGAGAAUUCAUGAUACACCAAACCAUCAAAUUGAGUUUGAAGUAAAUAUGUAACUUUUAACGGAGGCACUGGAAAAACCUGAAAAUGCAAAGUUUGGGGGAUAGUGAAGCGGGUAUUUUGCAUUACCUUUUUUACUGUAUUCUUAUUUAUAUCUGAGCCUCACCAUGAAAAUAAGGCAUUGGGAGGGGGGGAUAUAGGCUAGCUCGAUGGUGUUAUUACAUUACUGAAUUGGUGGCUCUCACUGAGCAGCCACGUUUCUGUAAAUAGGGCAAAUUCUUAUGAUGUAAAGACUACUUGGGUAUACAAUCUCUCUCUAUUUUUCCUGCUCUUCCCAAAUUGGAAACAUCUCUGAAGUUGCAAACCCCCUUUAGCUCU